UACAACACCACACCACAGCUCGAUCGUCAUGAUGUGGAUUGCUCCUGCCGCUGCGGUAGCUAGCUGUCGAUUAAGUUGCACUUCUUUAAGAAUAAUUUCGAGAGGGUCUCCUACUCCAUGGCCAUGGCUUUUUUCUGUGCGAUGUGUUCGCCGUGUUUCCUCAAUUCCAGGGACUACGCCAAAGGAGGUCACCAUAGAAAAAGACAAAGUCUACAAAACGGAUGAAUGGAUGAACACACCUUCGACCAUUCUCUCUGCAAUUCCUCGCCGUCUCCAUCUCCAACAAGAUCAUCCAAUCGCCAUCACCCGCCAGCUAAUAGAGUCUCGGUUUCCGAAUUACAAGUGUCACAACACGCUUUUCCCUGUGGUUACAGUGGAGCAAAAUUUCGACUCCCUAGGAUUCCCCGCAGAUCAUAUUGGCCGCUCAAGGACCGAUACGUAUUACUUGAAUAAGGAUACUGUACUCCGCACACACACUUCUGCACACCAAGCAGACACCUUUCGCGCAAACGAAAGUGCCGGAUAUCUUAUCAGUGCAGAUGUCUACCGGCGUGAUGCUAUUGAUCGAAGCCAUUACCCUAUCUUUCAUCAGAUGGAGGGGGCUAUGACAUGGGAUAGGGAUUCACUAGAUGCAAGCACGAGUCUUAAACAGGCAGUAUGGGCGGAUGUUGCCAAGAUACCAGCGCACUCUAUCGAUGUCGAGGAUGCGAGUCCGACUUCCCACCCCGAACGCAACCCUCUCCAAGAAUGUCACUCUGCCGAGGAGGUAGAAGCGAUUGCCGCGCACCUCAAACGCUCCCUUGAGGAUGUCGUCGUAGCCAUCUUCAAUGCUGCAUCAAGAGCUGCAGUAGCAGCAGGGGAGACACCUGCAUCCCCAGAUGAACCCUUGAAAGUGCGAUGGGUCGAAGCAUACUUCCCUUUUACCUCUCCAUCCUGGGAGCUGGAGGUUUUCUGGCAAGACGACUGGCUCGAAGUGCUGGGCUGCGGCAUCGUCAAACAGGACAUCAUGAGCCACGCCGGGGUGCCCAAUCGUCUUGGGUGGGCGUUUGGUCUAGGCCUGGAGCGCAUCGCCAUGCUGCUCUACUCCAUCCCAGAUAUCCGCCUCUUCUGGAGCACAGAUGCACGCUUCCUCUCCCAAUUCAGCUCCGCAGCCCCAAUCCGACGUUUCGUCCCCUUCUCCAAAUACCCCACCUGCUUCAAGGACGUGUCCUUCUGGCUAAGAAGUAGCUCUAGCGCAGCCGGGGGCCUCAGCCGAAAUGCAUUAAGUCCCGUGGACUUCCACGAAAACGACGUUAUGGAGAUUGCCCGCGAUGUCUGCGGGGACCUGGUCGAGGAUGUGAGGCUAGUGGAUGAAUUCGUGCACCCCAAAACGGGACGGAAGAGCCUUUGCUAUCGCACCAAUUAUAGAUCCCUCGAACGUACCCUUACCAACGACGAGACAAAUCAAUUACAUGAGAGGUUCCGGCAACAGCUGGUUGAAAAAUUGGGCGUGGAAUUACGAUAGAAAGGGUUAUUGUGGCUUUGGGAGAAGAGGGGCAGACAUACGAUGGCUAGACCAAUAUCGUCUUAUUUGUAUCAUAUAUGUAGCCAUGGUUAUGUCUUUGGACAUAGAUGUACAUGUAAACUACACUCGAGCCCCGCCUUUUUACCGGGAAAAUAGGGGUUUGCAGCAUCGCAUCUCCCUUCAUAGUAAAUAUGCUGAAAGAGAUCAUCGAGGUCGGUCGUCUG